GUAUUCAUGUUUAAUAUUUGUUUAAUAUUUGUGUUAACCCGAUUUGCAAACCUACUCCUCUUGUCUAUCUCCCCUGUUCGCUCCCGGCUCCUCCCAUCUUCUAAACCCAAAAAACAACCGACAGAUCUUCUUUCAUUCUACGAUUCAGCAGGGAAGGAAAGGGAAGGUUCAAUCAGGAGGUGAGCUUCGAUUCAGCAACUUCGAUUAGCCACCAUUUCUUCUCUAUUACAUUUCAAUUGUUGCCAUUAUGGUCGUCGGAAACGCGAUCCCGAGCGAACCUGGAUCGUCUUCGUACCGCGAAUUGGAUCGGACGAACCAAAACGAAAGUCGUGCCAUGACCAGCGAAUUAUGUGACUAUGCUCAAGACUACAUCAACCAGAUGUUUCCUACAGAAGCAUCUUUAUCGGGUGUAGAGCCACUGAUGCAAAAAGUACACAAUGAGAUACGCAUUGUGGAUGCUGAGAUUCUAGCGGCUGUUCGUCAGCAGAGUAAUUCAGGGUCAAAAGCAAAGGAGGAUCUGGCUGCAGCUACAAGUGCUGUGAAGGAACUUAUGUAUAAAGUCAGAGAAAUUAAAAGCAAAGCCGAACAAAGUGAAGCAAUGGUUCAGGAAAUAUGUCGUGACAUUAAAAAGCUGGAUUUUGCAAAGAAGCACAUAACAACUACUAUCACAGCCCUCCAUCGUCUUACUAUGCUUGUAUCUGCCAUCGAACAACUUCAAGUAAUGGCUUCAAAACGACAAUAUAAAGAGGCCUCUGCACAGUUGGAGGCUGUCAGCCAGUUAUGUAGUCAUUUUGACGGCUACAGAGAUAACCCGAAGAUCACCGAGCUAAGAGACAAGUUCAAGAACAUUAAACAAAUUCUCAAGUCUCAUGUCUUUUCUGAUUUCUCCAGCUUAGGUACAGGGAAAGAGACGGAGGAAACAAAUUUGCUGCAGCAUUUAUCAGAUGCUUGCUUGGUUGUUGACGCGUUGGAGCCAUCAGUGAGAGAAGAGUUGGUGAAGAACUUUUGUGAUAAGGAACUUAUAUCGUAUCAGCAGAUAUUUGAAGGAGCUGAGCUAGCAAAGUUGGAUAAAACGGAGAGAAGAUAUGCUUGGGUUAAACGUCGUUUAAGAACAAACGAGGAGAUAUGGAAAAUCUUUCCCGCUUCAUGGCAUGUUGACUAUCUGCUCUGUAUUCAGUUCUGCAAGUUGACCAGGACACAACUUGAGGAUAUUUUGGAAAACUUGAAAGAGAAGCCAGAUGUUGGAACACUACUAAUGGCAUUACAACGGACGAUAGAAUUCGAAGAAGAGUUAGCAGAUAAAUUUGGUGGUAGUGGUAGUAGCAGAACUGUAACAGAUGGCUUUGAAGAAACAGAGAAAACAGAAAAUAAUAAUCAAACUGUACUAGAUAUUCGUAAGAAGUAUGAGAAAAAGCUUGCUGCACAUCAGGGAAACCAGGACGAUGAUAAAGAUUUAGCUGUGCCUGGAGCUGGUUUCAACUUUCGUGGAAUCAUAUCGUCUUGCUUCGAACCACACUUGACGGUGUAUGUAGAAUUUGAAGAGAAGACACUUAUGGACAACCUAGAGAAGCUUGUUCAGGAAGAAACAUGGGAUAUGGAUGAUGGAAGCCAAACUAGUAUUUUAUCCAGUAGUAUGCAAGUAUUCUUGAUUAUCAGAAGGAGCUUAAAGCGGUGCUCUGCCUUAACAAAGAACCAAACUUUGCUAAAUUUAUUCAAGGUCUUUCAAAGGGUGCUUAAAGCAUACGCUACAAAGCUUUUUAUGAAGUUACCUAAAGGUGGCACAGGGAUUGUUGCAGCUGCCACAGGGAUGGAUGGACAUAUUAAGACAUCUGAUAAAGAUGAAAGGAUGAUAUGCUAUAUUGUGAAUACAGCAGAAUAUUGUCAUAAAACGGCUGAAGAGUUGGCUGAUAACGUCUCCAAAAUAAUAGAUACCCAGUUGGCUGAUGCUGUCGACAUGUCAGAAGUACAGGAUGAAUUCUCAGCAGUUAUAACCAAAGCGUUGGUAACAUUAGUCAAUGGACUGGAAACCAAAUUUGACACUGAAAUGCUUACAAUGACACGUGUUUCGUGGGGUACACUUGAAAGUGUGGGCGAUCAAUCAGAGUAUGUCACUAACAUAAAAAUGAUCCUCAAUGGUAGCAUCCCCGUACUUGGAAGCCUUCUCUCUCCAGUUUAUUUCCAAUUCUUUUUAGACAAGCUUGCAUCGUCUCUAGGUCCACGCUUCUAUCUCAAUAUCUUCAAAUGCAAGCAGAUAUCUGAGACCGGAGCCCAGCAAAUGUUGUUGGAUACUCAGGCUGUGAAGACAAUACUUUUAGAUAUUCCAUCCCUCGGGAAACAGACAUCAGGAGCCGCUAGUUAUUCAAAAUUUGUGAGUCGGGAGAUGAGCAAAGCGGAAGCGCUUUUAAAGGUUAUCCUGUCCCCCAUUGACUCGGUGGCAGAUACAUAUAGCGUGCUACUACCUGAGGGAACACCUUCGGAGUUUCAGCGAAUCCUAGAGCUCAAGGGGCUGAAAAAGGCAGACCAACAAACGAUAUUAGAAGAUUUCAACAAACGAGGGUCCGGGAUCUCUCAAGCGCCAAUUGCCACAUCAGCAGUCCCAGUAAUCCCAGCAGUGGCUUCUACCCCUGCUCCAGUGGUUAGCCAACUUUCUGGCGCGGUCAUUGCAUCUAGGGAGGACGUCCUCACCAGAGCAGCAGCCCUCGGUAGAGGUGCUGCUACAACUGGUUUCAAACGGUUCAUUGCUUUGACCGAAGCCGCUAAAGACCGAACCGAUGGACCUUUCAGAAAACUGUUCAAUGCAUGAGCAUAUGUAUUUGAAUGUUCUACCUUAAAUUCAUUUAUAAGCAAGACAAAAUGAAACAUAAGACUGUUUUAUGUUUUGGUUACGGCUAGAUGCUAGAUCACUCAUCACAGAUCCAAGAUUUUAAACCAGAGUAUGUAUUACUGUACUAGAUGUUUGUUUUUGCAAUACAAUUCUUUAUGUA